GGCCGUUCCUGCCAGGUGGUAGGGCCGCGCGCUCCCGCCAUGGACGUGGUGCUGGCGGACGCGCUCCUCUCGCAAUGCUGCGAUGGCGGCGCGUUGCUCCGGGCGGUGUGCGGCGAAGACGGGGCGCUCUCGGCUGAGCAAGCGGAGACGUUGCGUUUCCUGCUCGAACGGGCAGCGAGGGGCGGCUGGCGCGGGCAGGGCCAGGACGGGGGUGCGGCGGCGCAGCAGCGGCGGGUGGCCUGGGAGGCGGCGCUAGGGCGCUGCCUCCCGGCGCUGCUCGGCGGCGGCGGUGCUGCUGCUUCGGCGGGGGAGUCCCCGGACGAGCGGCGGCGCCUGGUGAGAGCCGCCUGCGGAGCGCUGCGUGGCUGCGCCUCGCUCUGCGGGGCUCCCCUGGCGGAGCGGCUGGCCCGGGAGGCGCUGGGAGCCUGCGCGGACACUGGGAGGCGGCAGGUUGAGGCCGCCGUGGAGGUCCUGUCCGCUGUGGCCCCUUGGCUGGAGGAGCCGGCGCUGCUGAGGCGAAUCGUGGGGGCGGCGCUGAGAUUGCUGUGGGGGGAGGGAGAGGGUGGCGAGGAGUACGAAGAGGAAAAGGCGCUGCUCGUGGCCGGGAGGCUGCUGCCGGCGCUGGGGAGGAAUGGCGCUGCCCUGGGGCACGUGUGGGAAGGCUUGAUGCUGUCGCCCGAGGCUAUCCCCCAGCGGGUGAGCAGGACCCUACUGGUCCUGAGCGCCCUCUCCGACGCGGUGCUUCCCGCGGGCGCGCAGCAGCAGCAGGGGGGUGGCGCUACUGCUGGCGGCGGGGCUGCUCAGUCGCUCGAUGCUCGGCUCUGCAGUAGCUUCUGGAAAGUGUUACAAAAGGGACUGACCGAGAGCGACGCCCUGUGCAGGAAAAGAGCCCGCUAUUUGUUGAAACGAGCUGUGGACGUAUCUGAUAAGCUCCCGACAGAGUGCAAGUGUAGCCAAGACCCUGGAAAUGAACCAUGUCUGUUCUGGUGGUGUGCUGAAAAAAAGGAUCAACUUACUCAGUUUUGGGAGAAUUACAUUUUAAUUAUGGAGACUCUGGAAGGAAAUCAGAUACAUGUUAUAAAGCCAGUAUUACCAAAGUUAAAUAGUUUAUAUGAACAUGCAGUAUCAGAACAAAAAGAUUGUUGGGUGUUUCACCCAUCGUGGCAUAUGUGCAUUUACCAAAGAAUGUUUGAGAGUGAAAACAAAACACUUACAAAAGAAGGUGUUUUUCACUUUCUUGAAAUCUGGCAAACAAAGCAUCUCCCCACAUCACCAGGAUUUUCAGAGUUCAUUAUUGGCCCUUUAAUGGAUGCUCUUUCAGAAAGUUCACUUUAUAGCAGGUCAUCAGGCCAAAUUAUAGGAACCUGCCCUCCAUUAGGAAUGAAGCUACAGAAAUUCUUGGCUAAGUUCUUCACAAACCUCCCAGAGAAAGAAAAAAGUAAUUUUUUGUUAACAUUUAUACAGAAAAUGAGCAGUAGGCACUGGUGUGCUGUUCCAGUUUUGUUUCUCUCCAUGGCACUGGCACAUAUUCCAACAUGCAGAGCACUGGAUGUUGAAGGACUCCUAGCUCUGAGAGGAGUCCUGCAGUGUACUAUGAUCACACAUCAGAUUCUCCUUCGAGGAGCUGCUCAGUGCUAUCUUCUUGAAGCAGCUAUACACUUGACAGAUGUAGAGAAAGUAUCUCUUUCAGAUAUUUCAAACUUUAUUGUAUCUCUGAGACCAGAUGAAUCAUUAGGCAGAGGGACUGUUUUGUGGACAAUGCUUUGUGAUUGGUUGCAUACGAAUGACAAGCGCUUUCGAAGGCCUUUAAACUGCGACAUACCUCAAGACAAAAGUGCAUUAAGUGUUUAUGCGCAGUUUCUUGUGGAGGGUUAUCUGAAAACACCAAUAGCCUAUCCAGGGGAAGAUUGCCUUAUGCCUGACAGGUUUGAAGCGAAACUUGUUGCUACAAUGAUUCUUCUGGCUGCAGAUGUGGAAGAGAUGAAGCACAAAUUCAAUGGCAAUGGCAGCCCAGAACGGAUUGAGCUAAAGGAUCUCCUAAGCCCUCUACUGGAUGUCUUGCUGAAACUUGGCACUAAUCCCUACAUCUCAUCACUGAAAACCGAUAAAAGCCUACAGCUGCUAUUGACAUUACUGCAGCUUUGUUCAAUGAAAUGUUCCAGUCCUCAAGUCGAUUGGCUGAUAACAUUUCUCCAGGAUUCAUUUACGCCUGCCACAAAAAGUAUUUUGGAUUUUCUCCUCAGAAGACUUACAGCAAAUGAAUUAAAUACUAUUUUAGAUCUGCAGCGCUGUAAUUUAUAUCUAGAAGUUUUGUCAGAGCUAAUGAACUUCUGUUCAACCCAUGGCUGGAAAAAGGGACCAUCUCACUGCAGCUUCAUCUCCUCUCUGAUAAAUGCCUCCCUUUGCAAUCUGCAAGAUAUGGGUAGUGAAGAGGAAGUAAAACUUGGGGAACAGAUUCAGAAGGUAGUGAGCAUGGCAUCCCUAAGUGUGGUUUGUGAAAUUAUUGAUCAGAAGCCAGAACUUCAGCUUGAUUCUCUGCCAGCUCUUGAUACCCUAAAAACAGCUAUUUCCUGUGCAAAACUUAACCAUGUAUUAAAGAAGCCUUGCAGUAUGGAAACAAAUAGUUCCCUUGAGGAGCAAGCAUCACAUCAAGGAUGGGGGAAAAUUGUAGCACGUUUUAUACAUGAUCAGUGGGUUUGUCUUCAUUUUAUUCUCAACAAUUAUCAAAACAUUUCUAAGGAUAAAAAUCUGGAACAAUUUUUGCCUGUUCAGAAGUGCGCAAUAAUUUUACAAUCUGCACUCGAAGCAAUAAUGAUUCUUCCUUCUGACCAUGUUUUACCUGUGUUUCAUUGCAUGAAAACACUCAUUUCCAAGCUUCUGGAAUCUUCUGAAUCUCUGUGCAUAGAGACUUUUGAUCUAGCAUGGAAAAUUAUAUUUUCUCUUAGCAACACACAACUGAUAUUUUGGCCUAAUUUAAAAGCUUUUGUUCAGUUUGUGUUUGAUCCUGAAGUCCUUGCUGCUGCAGCAAAGAACAAGAGCCAAACUUACACAAAGAUAAAAGAGAUCAUGUUUCAGAUGAUUGAAAUGUCCUCUGCAAGGACUGGAGUCUUUAAUAUGUUGUUGAGUUAUUGCUGUCAGUCUUGGAUAUUUCCUACUUCUGAUGACGCAAGUGGUGUUGAAAAUGCCUUUUCAAAUGCUGGCAAUUACAGUGAACUUCUUGUAGAGGCGUGUUUGUUUGGAACUGUGUUUAGGCGUGAUCAGAGACUCAUUCAGGAGGUGUGUGCUUUUGUAGAAAAUCUUGGAGAAGAAUGUGCAGCAAAUGUUGUCACAGAAAGUACGAAAAGAGAUGACCAUUAUGUGAGAGUUUGUGCCAUCAAAUUUCUCUGCUUGCUAGAUGAAUCAGAUACGCUGCACAAGAAGUUUAUAGAAGAGUUUGUCAUGAAACUACUUGAUAAAGCUGAAUUCAUGUCCAAAUCAAAAAUUCGCUAUCAUGUGAACUCCUUACAACACCGAAUUAAAAAUCGACUCUGGCAGACAUUGCUAGUGAUGUUUCCAAAACUUCAUGAGGAUAUUUUAACAAGAAUUGUUGACAGGAUUCUACAGGCUGGACAUAGCAAUAAUCAAGCAUCCAUAAAGUAUUUAAUAGAAUGGAAUAUCAUCUUGAUCCUCCACAGGUUCCCUCAUUUUCUUCCAAAAUUUUGGGAUUGCUUUAACUAUGGUGAAGACCAGCUUAAAACUAGCAUUUGCACAUUUUUAGCAGUGCUGUCACAUUUUGACAUAAUUCUCCAAAAUACAUCUGAAAAAACUCCAGCUUUGAAGAAAGCUCUAGUUGUUGUCCUAAAGUGGUGUUCCCAUCACAAUUUCAGUGUUCGACUUUAUGCUUUAUUUGCUCUUAAGAAAAUUUGGGGAAUGUGUAAAGCAUCAUGUGUGGACGAUUUUGAAGCUUUAACACCAGUUAUUGAAUGUAGCCUUAACCAAGCGGAAAGCAUGCAUGGAACAGGGAAUGCUAAAAAGAAUUGGCAGCGUAUCCAAAAACACUUCUUCUUUGAAAACUUUCAUCCACUUAACGAUUACUGUCUUGAGACAAUAUUUUACACCCUGCCACGCCUUUCAGAAAUUGCUGAAGAGGAAUGGAUCUCUCUCUCUAAAUUCACAGCAUUCACAGACGUCCCACUGAGCUCAACAUUUCCGUGCUACCAUUCUCAAACUACACUUCUUGAUCUAAAACCAAGUGACUGGUCUCAGCAAGAUAUGGGUUUGAAUUCAGCAGAGUCAGGCAACCAAAGACAAUGGUCAGAUGUUCAAAAAAAAAUUAUCCCAUGGAAAGACCGGACUCUUGAUUUGGAUCUUGAGCUUGUAUUUCAAGAUCGGGCUACUAAACUUGGUAAAUCAAACAGUAAAUUGAUCGUAGUGGCUUCACUUAUUGAUAAACCCACCAAUUUGGGAGGCUUGUGUCGUACAUGUGAAAUAUUUGGGGUGUCAGCUCUAAUUGUUGGCAGCCUUCAUUACAUAAAUGACAAACAAUUUCAGUACCUCAGUGUUUCUGCUGAACAAUGGCUUUCCCUUAUUGAGGUGAAGCCAUUUCAGCUUGUUGAUUACUUGGAACAGAAGAAAAUUGAAGGCUACACUAUAAUAGGUGUGGAGCAAACGGCUAAAAGUUGCGAUCUAACAGAAUAUCACUUCCCAGAGAAAUCUCUGUUGUUGCUGGGAAAUGAGCAUGAGGGAAUCCCUGCGAAUCUGAUUCAACAGUUGGACACUUGUGUAGAAAUUCCGCAGCAAGGAGUUAUUCGAUCACUUAAUGUCCAUGUAAGUGGAGCUUUGCUCAUUUGGGAAUAUACAAGGCAACAGAUCGUCAAGGAACACAAAGAAAGAUAGAUGCACAAUUCUUGUUGAAGCUGUUGCUCUUCUGGCGCCAUAAAAUCCAUAGAGUAAUUAUAAAUGCCACACAAAAGAAUACAUUUUAUAUUCUGCAUGCCUUCAUUUGUAAGAACAAUGUAAAUGCCUUAAACCAUAACUGUAUUAAAACUAUUGAUAAUAAAUGUUCUUUCAGUACGA